UCGAACUCGUCCCCCCUCCCCACGUUCCGAUUCGAGCAAUGCUCGGUGCACAGGCGGCGGCGGCGCCGCCGCCGGCCGUUGCCAAGCUUAGAGCCGAACCAAACCUCAGCACAGCGACCAUAGCCUCCCUCAACGACGACCUCCUCCUGGAGGUCCUCCUCCGCCUCCCGUCCCUCCCGGCCCUCAUCCGCUCCGUGCUCACCUGCCGCUCGUGGCUCCGCGCCGUCCGGUCGUCGCCGGAGUUCCGCCGCCGGUUCCGCGCCCUCCACCCGGAUCAUAUGCUCGGGAUCUUCAUCGACUGCGACGGCCCCGCCGUUCCCGGCACCCCGGGCUUCGCCUCCGCCGACAGCCUCACCGGUGGAAGAAUACGCCUCUCCCGGCUGGCAUGCCGUCGAUUGCCGCGGCGGCUACCUCCUCCUGCUGAACCCGUUCGACAGGAGGUUCGCCGUCCUAAACCCCUUGAUCUGGGUGGGACGUCGACUUCCUCCCGCUGCUCUGUGUUUGCAGGGAUGGAUCGAGGCUUCCUGCUGCGGUCUUCUCGUCCAAGACUUGGGAUUGGAUCAUCCAUCCAUGGAUUGAGUUAGCUGGAGAUGGCAAGUUGGCAACAUGAGGACAAUGUCCAACACUGGCGUGCUCUGGAUGGCUCGAUUUACAGGGGUGCAGUUUUAUGGCUGGGGAGACUAAGGAUGGAGGGCUUUGCAUUGUCUAUGCAAUAGACUUCCUCAUUAUCGCCUGGAUACCUUUAGUCGGCAGGAAUGGGGUCGUGAGAUGGUUACCGCAGAAGAUAUUCUCUUUCACACCAUAUCUCAGUUGGAUUACUAAGGCUCCCCGCAUAGUUAC